AAACCGUCGCGAGGCUCCUCCUCUUCCUCUUUGCUCCUGCGCCCUGAGAGCAGCCAUGGUGAACGUGCCGAAGACCCGCAGGACUUACUGCAAGAAGUGCAAGAAACACCAACCUCAUAAAGUCACCCAGUACAAGAAGGGCAAGGACUCUCUGUAUGCCCAGGGUAAAAGGCGUUACGACAGAAAGCAGAGCGGUUACGGAGGACAGACGAAGCCUAUUUUCAGGAAGAAGGCUAAAACCACAAAGAAGAUUGUGCUGAGGCUGGAGUGCGUGGAGCCCAACUGUCGCUCUAAGAGGAUGCUGGCCAUUAAGAGGUGCAAACACUUUGAGCUGGGAGGAGACAAGAAGAGAAAGGGCCAAGUCAUCCAGUUCUAAGCUGCACCAUGGACUUUCUUUUGUGGUUCUUCAUCUGUCAAUAAAAGUUGUAUACAGAAAA